AUGAGAUUUGUGCUAAAAUCAGCACCAAAAACACCUUUAAAAUAUCAAUAUUGUAUCUUUGUCGACAAAACAAUUGCUUGGGUUUUAUCAAAGAACAAGUACAACUUAUUGCAACGUGAAGCUGAAAAUGUCAGGCUCGCUAAAUCGGAUUUUGCAUUAAAUACUAUGAGACAGCUCGUCAGUCAACCUAAAAUCGAUAUUAAAUCAUAA